AUGCCGCUCCAUGUCUCCCAGUUCACAGAGAGGACAGCCAGUGGCUCGAAGUCCCAGUUCGAGCCAGGCCACAAGAUCCCCAUCCAACACUUGAAGAUGCCCGGCUUGCAGGCAGACAUGGAAAAUCCCAAGCCCGUCUCUGAUCAAAUCCCUACCGAAGAUGGCGGAUAUCAAACCUACAAGGCCGCCGGCAAGCUCGAAGGAAAGAAAGCCAUCAUCACCGGUGGCGACUCGGGCAUUGGACGUGCCUGUGCAAUUCUCUUCGCUAUGGAAGGUGCAUCCAGCAUGAUUGUAUAUCUUCCCGAAGAAGAGAAAGAUGCCAAAGAGACAAAGAGGCUGGUCGAGCAGUACGGUCAGAAGUGCUAUUGUCUGCCAAUCGAUAUUCGCAAAAGGGAGAAUUGCAAGAAGAUUGUCGACACGGCGGUUAAGGAUAUGGGCGGUAUCGAUAUCCUGGUCAACAAUGCCGCAUUCCAGAAUAUGGUGGCCGAUAUCAGCGAGGUUACCGAGGAUCAAUGGGAAAAGACUUUCGACACAAACAUUCACUCAUUCUUCUAUCUCUCUAAAUAUUCUCUCCAGCACAUGAAGAAAGGUUCAACCAUUAUCAACUGUGCCUCGGUGAACCCUUACAUCGGUCGAGGGGACCUGCUAGACUACACGUCUACCAAGGGAGCCAUUGUGGCAUUCACGCGUGCGCUCUCAAAUCAACAGGUCAAGAAGGGUAUUCGAGUCAAUUGCGUCUGUCCAGGUCCUAUCUGGACCCCUUUGAUCCCAGCAACAAUGAUGACUGAAGCGAUGGAACAGUUCCAUGCUGUGCCAAUUGGUCGCCCGGGACAGCCGAGUGAGGUUGCAACUUGCUUUGUCUUCCUUGCAAGCCAGGACAGUAGUUAUAUUUCUGGCCAGUGUCUGCAUCCCAACGGCGGUGUUAUGGUCAAUGGAUAA